GAGCGACGAAUUCGAUUUUUCCGAUCGAUCAUGCCGUCCGGUGCGAAGAAGAGAAAGGCGUUGAAGAAGAAGAAGCAACAAGAAGCGAUUGGAACAAGUACCAACAACAACAAGGGUUUCAAUGGAAAUGAUGAACAUGGAAGCCAAGAUGGGAGGGGAAGCGAUAGCAGUUUGAGUUCCCCUGGUUCUCAAGGAAAUCAAGAAUUUGGGACUAAAGAUUCAUCUGCUGCUCUUUCGUCUGGUGUGGUGAAGGGUGCUGCUAAAGAGAUAUCUGGAGAAGCAGAUGCUACUCAGGGACUAGGAACGAAAAGUGGCAAUGGUAUUGCGGUUGAAAGAGUAACGGUUGACAGCAAAAAUAUUCUGGGAAAAUCAACCAAUUCCUCUUCUGAAAACCGUACUCACCCUGCCAAAACUGUAGCUUGUGGUAAUUCAGUUACGGAAAUCACUCCCGUUGUUGAUUCUGUCAAACCUGUGGUUUCUCUCUCCAAAGCAGUGAUUUCUGAAAAGAGUAAGCAUGUUGAGACCUCAACACACUCAAAUUUGGUGAAAAAGAAGUCUGAGAAAAAUGAAGAGUAUCAUCCAUCUCCAGGACUGGAAAGCAAUAAUAGUAAGGUGGUUACUCUUCCGAGAUCUGCGACUGAAACAAGCAAAAAAGUAGAGAGUGUAAGAAAAUCUGAAGUUCCAGUAUCCCCUGAGGAAAAGCGUCUUUUGCUGCCUGGUCCACCAGUUGUCCGAAGGACUUCAUUUCUAAGCUGCUGCGGUUUGUUUGAUGCUAUGACCGGAUCUGAUAGAUAAACACAGAAGAGCAGGAGCUAGGUGGAUGCGCUUGACAGCCAAAGCUUAAAGACAACCGAAAUAUAGGAUUCAUGGUCCGUACACUCUUCCCUGUACAUUAUGUCUUUGAUAUAUAAUAAUGUGGGCGGCUUUUAGCAACAUACGAGCAAGACCAAAUAUCCUAAACAGGGUAAACUAGAAAACUUUCUUUUUAUUUUUUGAAAUACAAUCUUCUUUUGUUCAUUAAAUGGAUGGAUUUUAGAACAUGAGACUUAAUAUAGUUCCAUUUUUUUC